AUGACAAGUUUUUAUGAUGAAGUAGAGAUUGAAGAUUUUGAAUUUGAGGAAGAAACAAAAACAUAUCAUUAUCCUUGUCCGUGUGGAGACCGUUUUGAAAUCACAUUGGAAGACUUAAUGGAUGGAGAAGACAUUGCACGAUGUCCAAGUUGUUCAUUGAUGGUUCGCGUAAUAUAUGAUUUAUGUGUUGAGGCAAUAGAAAGUUUCCCAUUUGGGCAAUUAACAUUGUCAUUCAUUAUUAGUAAUUUUUUAUUUGAUGGUAUUGCCAAUACUAUGUGA